GGGUGUUUUGUUUUUACCUUGUGUUCCAUGUUGACAGUAACAGAAGAUAAGCUUUGUGCAUUUAAUGAUUGAUAAUGGAGGACGCUUCCUUGUCUUCCUUGUGUUCUUUCAUGUCUCAUUUAGAUACUCAAAAUUAUCACUAUAAAUAGUUUAUGUCUACAAAUGCAACUCACUAGACCUUAACCAGCUAUACCUUCGUUGAAGAGUUAACUUUUUCAGUCCCCUAUGGAUUCAAACACAUCAAGCUUUCUUUUGAACUCUUCAACUCUGCACUCAGUUUUCUACCAAGAUAAACAAGAUGAUGGCUUAAUUGACCUGGGUCUCAGUCUCGGAACUGUUCAGCACGAAGCUUACCAUUCUUCCAGCAACUUGUAUGAUGAUGACCUUAUGAACUGGCCUCAGUCUAAUCUGAACCUGAAGAACUCAAGCACAAUGCAUGGUAGAUCUGUGAACGAAAAUUUUGAUGAAGAGAUAGAGGGGGUCCAGAGCAAUGAGAGAUGGGCUUAUGUGAAGGUGAACAUGGAUGGGGUUACCAUUGGUAGGAAAAUUUGUGUGCUUGAUCACGGUGGAUACUCAAGCCUAGCACUUCAAUUAGAAGACAUGUUUGGAAACCAAUCUGUUUCUGGAUUAAGAUUGUUCCAAUCGAGAUCAGACUACUCAUUGUUCUACAAGGACAGACAAGAUAAUUGGAGACCUGUCGGUGAUGUACCUUGGAAGGAGUUUAUAGAAUGUGUAAAAAGGUUGAGGAUUGCGAGAAAGAACGCAGGCAUUGUUUCUUGAUCAUCUAAAUACACCUAAAUUUUGUGUCUUUUAGUAGUAUCAGUAGAAGUUAAAUUAAUCAAAGUUGGUUAAGUAGUUUGGGCAUGUAAUCAAAGUUGAUGGAUUCAAUUAGUGCACAUGGUAUUUUGGACAAGUCCUUCAUGGAAACGUACCCUACUUCAUUUGUAAUCAUUAGCAUGAAAUACCAAUAAUAAUAAUCACUUCACUUCA